AUGUUCUAUGACGACUUUGCGCGAGCCCCUUCACGAGCUGACACCCCGGACGGUCUGUUUCGGGAGCGCCUCCCCCGGGAUGGCUUCAAUCCCGUCGGUGUCUCCACCCCCAGCAUAGAGUGCACGGCAGACGAGGAGGUGUGGGUCGCGAAUGGCGACAUGUACGUUAUCGGCCAGGGUGCCCAUAUCCUGUUCCGUGUCGACAGUCACCUCCUCGCCUCCCGCUCCCCCACCCUCAGCAAGUCUAUUCACACCGAAGUCCAAGUUGGGGUACGGCUUAAAGAUGUGGAGUGGCUCGGAGACAACUGUUUCGACUCGCUUCCCGUAUGGAUUGUCGACCAAGACACGAAAGUCCUCCGGUUCUUCUUGAAAGCCAUGAUGCAGCCUCCCCACCGCGUCCUUAACGCAGUCUAUCGCGGCGCCCGCAUCCCCUUCGAAGAAGUCGUCGCCGUCGCUCGGCUCGCCCACCGCUUCGACGUGCGCCACGCCCUCCACGCCGCGCUGCAGCACCUCACCAAGUUCUACACGACCGACUUCCGAAGCCACCACGACCACUCGCAUAGCAGAGACCUCGACGUGCCCAGCGACGAGUGCGCCGUCGCCGCGAUCCAAAUCGCGCGCCUCACCAACACCCCGUCCAUCCUCCCGCUCGCCUUCUACCUCUGCAGCCUCCACGAGUGCCCGAACGGCUACCUGGACCCGCGCCUGCGCAUGCGCUUCGAGUGGCGCCCCUUGCACGGCCCGGUCGAGGAUCUCCCGGCCGAGGACCGCGACGUGUGCCUCAAGGGCGUGUGGGAGCUCUGCGAGGCGAUGGUGGGGCGGUACGAGAAGGUCUACGACGGGGGUGCCGGGUGCCGCGAGGAGUGCGCGAGGGCGCGCCGGCGGCUCUUCGAGGCGACGAACGCCCACGGUGAGUAUCUGAUGACGCGCCGCGAGGAGGUGGCCGUGGACGGCCUCUGCGGAAAGUGUGCGGCGGAUGUGCGUGCGCGGAUGCGGAGGAUCCGGGUCGCGCUCUGGAACGGGAUCCCGGGGUUUUUCAGCCUGCCUGUGCCCCGAGGGUGGAGGGUUGACGAGUAG